AUGUGUCUCACUCUGCUGUACACAAAAGUGUCAUUUGGAUUAGUUUCUGUUCACUCCUCAAAGAAAUUCGAAGACUCCUACCACGAUAAAAGAAGAAAACGGUUAAUUUGUGAUAACUGUAAAAAAUGGUUUUAUACUAAAACCGAUUUGCUUACACAUAUAUCGGAUUGUACAAGAGGAAACAUUUAUAAAUCAGAUAUUUCUGAUAAAAGGUUUUCUCAAGCAAGAAAUUUGAAAAAGAAUAUAAGACCUCAUACUGAAUUAAAGUCAUAUAAAUGUUAUGUCUGUGAUAGAGGGUUUUCUCUAUCAGGAAAUUUAAAAUCUCAUAUGAGAACACACACAGGUGAAAAACCGUUUGCAUGUGAUUUAUGUGAUAAAAAGUUUUAUAGAAAAAGAGAUUUAAAAAGGCAUACAAGGAUUCAUACAGGAGAGAAGCCAUACAAAUGUGAUGUCUGUAAUCGUGAAUUUUUUGAUGCUCCAACUUUAAAAGUUCAUAUGAGAACACACACAGGUGAUAAACCGUAUGCAUGUGAUUUAUGUGAUAAAAGGUUUAAUAAAACAGGAGAUUUAAAAAGGCAUACUAGGACUCAUACAGGAGAGAAGCCAUACAAAUGUGAUGUCUGUCAUCGUGAAUUUUCUCUAGCUGCAAAUUUGAAAAUCCAUAUGAGGACACAUACAAAAGAUAAACCAUAUAAAUGCGAUUUCUGUGAGAAAUUGUUUUCUUUUACAGGAAAUUUUAAAAGGCAUGAAAGGACACAUACUUGAGAGUUGAGAUAGAUGGUCUAUCUCCAGUAUGUGAUAAAAAGUUUUCUCAAGCUACAAUUUUUUGUCAGGUUUUUGUAAUACCAUAAACUUGUCAUUCUUUAGACAUUUAAAAAAAAUGUAAUUAUAAUCAUCAUUAAAUUUUUAAAUGAUAAUUUUUUUGUGUUCCUCAAUUUAAUUACAAUUAUAUUACAUUUUUCUCUGCCCUCGCUGCUA